AUGGCCCUGCCUGCAGACCAAGGGGAGAUUUAUCGUCUCAGACUCCAGCAUAUGGCAAUCAAAAAACUUGUGGGAAAAGCUCUCGAUUCAAUCAUCGAAGUCCACUUAACGCCUAGUCCUGACGGUCGGCGCAAGCGAAUUUUGGAUGUUCGUACCCAGAGUGGGUUAUGGGCAGAUGAAAUGGCGAUCAAGUACCCUACCGUUGAUGUCAAGAGCAUCGACGUUGUUCCCACAGUCGCCCAUUACCCGCGACAUAACUUGCAUUAUGAGGUUUAUGACAUACAUGCAGGGAUACUGGAGCCUACAGGAACGUUUGACAUCGUACACGCACGUCAUUCUGUUAGUAUGGUCAAGGGUUGGACAUCAUUGCUACAAGAAAUUCAUCGAGUUCUACGCCCCGGGGGUCUUCUGAUAUUCGGCGAAUUUGACCCACGACUUACGUUGCCAGGAGAGCACGAACCAGCGUUUCACGGGCUAUCUCAUAACACGGCUAGGUUUUGUGAGGCGUAUCGCUCUGCUCUCGCCAAGGGUGGCGUUUUGAUCGAAGCAUUUUCUGAAAUUGAUGCUUGGCUUUGCCCUGGUUCAGGCCUUUGGGAUACAAAAACACCUUCGGGUUUUCAUCAAACCAACCACCGAGUGUGGGAAGUGCCCAUGAGCGGUCUCUGGCACCCGGAACCCGAAAUGCAAGAGAUCGGGAUGCUAAUGGCAAUGAAUUUUCGCCAAUUUAUUAUUAAUGCUCAGCCUCUUUUCUUGUCUUACGAAACCCCCCAGGGUGAUUAUGAUGGGUGGGUGGAAGAGGUAAAGCGAGAAAUCCGGGACCCGAUGAAUUCUACUGUGAUUAGAUACCACUCUGUGACUGCCUUGAAGUUAUGA